GUCGAACUCCGAACUCUACUUAACUUUCCGUCCCAACUCUUUCCUCAGAUUUCACAGUAUCCUUGGCCCCUCACUUCUGCUCUCAAGAGUUUAAGUCUUACGGAUGAAGGAAAAGGAGCUGUUUGAAGAAAACUCUUUAAGAGAAGAAAAAGAAAAAAAUAAGAGACUUUCAUCAGAAGGACAGGUGAAGGCAAGAUUUAAUUCUUUGUAAAAAGAAAUCCUCCAACAUUUCUCAUCUAUCUAACUGAAGUUUCCCCAACUGGAGUUUUCCUGACUGAUUCAUUAUUUUAUUCAGUGAUAAAAUGAAAAUUACUACUUUCAUUAAAGGAACCACUGAAUCAUCAUAUUAAUUUAACUGUAUUGCAUUCUCAAAGUAAUCUUCCCAUCUUGAUCUACUGACUUUACAAUGUCAGAAAUCAGAUUUAGCAAUCUCAGUUGGGAUCAAGUUAUAACACUGGAUCAAGUGUUAGGUGAAGUAAUUCCAGUUCACGGAAGGGGGAAUUUCCCCACAAUGGAGGUAAAACCAAAAGAUAUCAUUCAAGUUGUGAAAGAUCAAUUGAUAGAGCAAGGAAUUAUUGUUAAAGAUACCCGAUUGAAUGGUUCCACAGCAAGUUAUAUACUUGCAAGCCACAGUGGAAUCAGCUAUAAGGAUCUAGAUGUUAUUUUUGGCAUUGAACUACCAAGUGAUCAGGAAUUUCAGGUUGUUAAGGAUGCAGUUCUUGGUUGUCUACUUGACUUUUUGCCAAAAGGUGUAAAAAAGGAAAAGAUCACCCCAAAGACCAUGAAAGAGGCUUAUGUGCAAAAGAUGGUCAAAGUUUGCAAUAAGCAUGAUCGUUGGAGUCUCAUUUCUCUUUCAAACAAUACUGGAAAGAAUGUAGAGCUAAAAUUUGUGAAUUCACUCAGACGACAGUUUGAAUUUAGUGUUGAUUCCUUUCAAAUUGUUUUGGAUCCCAUGUUAGAAUUCUACAGUGACAAAAAUGCUAAACUAACUAAAGAAUCCUAUCCUAUUGUGGUAGCUGAAAGCAUGUAUGGAGACUUCCAAGAAGCAAUGACACAUUUGCAAUACAAGCUUAUAUCUACUAGAAAACCCGAAGAGAUUAGAGGUGGUGGCCUUCUGAAGUACAGCAACUUGCUGGUUCGUGACUUUAAGCCAGCUUGUGAAGCAGAAAUCAAGACACUGGAACGUUAUAUGUGUUCUAGAUUCUUCAUUGAUUUUCCUGAUGUAGCAGAACAGCAAAGGAAGAUUGAAUCGUACCUCCAUAACCAUUUCAUAGGUGAAGAAAAGAGCAAAUAUGACUACCUUAUGACCUUGCAUGGAGUUGUGAAUGAAAGCACUGUUUGCCUCAUGGGUCAUGAAAGGAAGCAGACACUCAAUAUGAUCACCCUUAUGGCUUUAAAAGUACUUGGAGAACAGAAUAUACUACCCAAUACAGAUAAUGUAACUUGCUUUUAUCAGCCUGUUCCAUACUUUGCUCCUGAGGGAGGGUACCUUACUUACUAUGUAACAUCUGGACCACCACCUAUUUUCUUUCAGCCAUACCACCCACUGCACUUUCAUGUACCAAAUGGUAUGGUUUAAAAACAAACACACAUACAACAGAAACUUUGCUUUAAUUAAACACCUCAUAAAGCAAGUUUCCAAAAUCCAUAAAAUUUAAGAUCUAUUUUUAUUUUUCUGUAGUUACCAACUAUUUUCCAUCAAUUAUAUACAAUUUCAUCUAUGAACUGGCCACUUUAAGUUAUUUUCAAGUGUUAUUGAUUAGCUAUAAUAACUUUCAAAUGUUGUGGACCACUUAAAAUGAUUUUCAAAUCUUACCAAAUCUUAAGUAAGACUUUCAAAUUUGUUCUGAAAAAUACAUUACAGAUGCCUGUACCUUUGAUUAAAAUAUAAAAGAACAGACUCAUGUAUUAAGAUCCAAAGGUACAGUAAAGACAAAUGCCACCAUUUUUUAUUUGAUCAAUUCCUUUGUUUCAUUCACUUCAUUUUUUUCUAGUGAAUGUUGCCAUCAAUGAAUUUUCAAUACUUAACAAAAAUACCUAAUUUCAAAGACAACAGAUUCAGAAGAGACUAAAACUCUGGAUUUUACAAGCACUUAUUUUGUUUUCCAGUUAAAUUGGAUUAGACAAAAAAAUCCUACUAUGGUUUGAAGGAACACUGAAAAACUUGGUUCUGAAAAACAGUGGACAUUAGUAAUUUGUCAACUAUCAAAUAAAUUAAUUUGUUGAUCUGAAGAAGAAUACCAUUCAGCUGUAAAACCAAUACUGCAAUCACUUUUAUAGGUGUCUUCACUUUUCCCACUAAAUAAGUUGAAAAGAAUGAAAAUGACCAACUCUGAAUGUGAAAAUUUUCUAUCAUCUGUUAGAGACUUUAAAUGGCAAAUAGCAAAACAAAAACAAACAAACAAAAAAAACAUGGUAUUUACCAUUUUCAUGACCUAUUCUGUCUAACAUCUUAAUUAUUUCUGGAGACAUUCAGUGUUAGUAAGUGAAAAUAUUUUCAUUAUUGCUAAAUGGAGCAUUUUUUUUUUUCAUUUUGCUCUUACCAAACAUCAAUUUCUAACAUGACACUCAAGUGCCUCCCUAUGUGAGUUUUUGCAUAAUACUAUGACUUAUCCGACAAUUGCUUAUGUUCAUCAGGUAUCUGAAUAUUUACUCACUACAUCAGAUAUGCUACUAGCAAAUCUACCAGUGGAAUUAAAACAGUAUUUUCUUCCCAUAAUGAAGAAAAUAAUUCAUGACCAAUAUUAACUGAGAUGACAGAAGGGGAACUGUCCUGAAUGGAUAUAGAUAAGACCAUCAGAAAACGUCAUCAUUUUAACUUGUUUCUGAUUUUUUGUUUCCAUCUCAGUUUUCAUUGACCAUCACGACUUUUUUCAUCACAGCAUGACCCAAAAGGCAUAUUCUGAGAAUUUGUCACUUAUAAACUGUGCUUAAUCUCUCUUCUCUAUAUUAUAGUACUGAACACAAGAAGUACAUAAAAUAUAACAUUUUCAAAUAACCAAUAUUUCUGAGAUGUUUUAUACCACCACACCGCUGGCCAUCAGUGUAUUUUUAAAGAAUUAUACUUAAAAUAUUUUAUGUGUAUAUAUACACAUGCACAUAUUUA